GCUUGUAUCUCGCGACCUUGAUGCCAGAGGACAGCACAAUCUCCAGCUUCACAGAUGGAGCAUGCUAUGGCUUUGAGAUCCAGGUUCGCAAUCCGGAACUGCCGCCAAGUCCAGCAGCAGACAACGUCUGGGCUCUGGACUUCGGCGUCGAGGCAUCCAGGCCUUUCGAGUCGAUCCAGAUACGGCCGCUUGGCAAUGUGCAGAUCGCAGUGAUGCUAGCUGACAACAUAUCGGAGUAUGGUGUUGCUCUUCUCUUCUUCGUAGAUGUUUUUGGGGUUUGUCGAGGAGUUGCUUCUCAUACCUGGUGGGCAGUCCUGGACCAGUAUCUGCCCUUUCGCAUCGACUUCAUGCCAUCCUCCACAGUUCCGGCUCCCAGGUUGCAACUCGGUGGGGGUGACCCCUUGUUGCCAGAUGCAGAGGAUGGGGGAGUAAUGAUCUUUGCUUCUGCCGGUUAUGAGUUUGCCAAGCUCGACUUUGACGUGUGCGCCCUUCGGCUCUUUCAUGCUGUCGGACAGGCAAAUCCUACUCUGGAGAGGAGGGGGCGAGAACCAUGGGAUCUCGAUGCCCUGUACUCUGCCGUAGAUGCAAUCUGCCGCGUCGGGGAUGAAGCUGGCGUGCCAUCGACAGAGGGGGGCGGAGAUGCCCCGGUGUCCAUGAUCUUCCUCCUCACUGACCGCAAGGCAAUAGUUCAGGGGGUGGCGUACACUUUGGAGGGCCGGGUGCGAAAUCCAUCUGUCCCAACAUGGCCGAGCUCUGCUCAGUGGCGCCUUGAAACAUACAAGCGUUUCAUCGCGACGGGUCAGCGCAUUGCAUUGGACAGGAUCUACCUGCAAAGCAUCCCGAUAUUGAAGCCUGCGCUGGCAUUUCAGGUGAACAACAGUGCUUUGGAGUAUGGAGCCAGUGCGAAAGUUUUCGGAGUUGAAGUGACCAUUACAUUGUCGGAUUCUCUCCAACUUGGAGACAGCAUCGAGAUCAGCGCUCCGCCGGGCCUGGAGUUGCGAGAGUCACUGGGGAAUGCAAGUCACCCAAACGCGAGCCAAGG